CUGCUGCCCCGGCGCACCGACUGGACCGGGAAGGAGCAUCCCAGGACCUACCAGAAUCUGGUGAGACCUUGACGGCGCACAGCAAAGAAACUUUUCCCUGAGUCGAAUAAAAAUUGAAUUUCCCGCAAUUUUUUACAGAGACAAAAACUUGGCCCCAGAACGGGGAAACUACAGAGGCCACGGGGAGGGUUGGGAGGCCAGAGCCGGGGCUGCGGGGGGCGGCGGCCGGGGGUGCCCGCGCCCCGGGGCCGCAGGGGCCGCGGACAAUUUAUUUGUGAUAUUUUGUUAAUGUGCUAGAAAUAAAGAUACGUCAUGAGUGUUGUGCACUGCAAGGCCGGAGGAGGAGGGGCCGGCGCGCGCGUCCGUGCGGCGGCGGGGGCGCGCUCCAGGCGGCGGCGGGAGCGGCGCGAGCAGGGAGAGCGCGCCCGCUGCUCGCGGCCGGCCCUGCGCUCCGCAGCCGCACACAAUGGCUGGUGACUAAGUGCUCCGAGUGGCGGUCGCGAGGCCCCGGCGGGGCUUCGCCGCCGCGGCGGAACCUCGGCCGGACGUUCUUCGUCCCUUCCCUCUCCCUUUUCUCCUGCUUGCCUUAGCGUCAGACCUGGAGUUUUGGUCUUUUUGUCUUGUAGCUGGAGGCGUUCCCGUGUUGGAUGCGGUUACCUAGCGGCACACUGCGUUUCCGAAAACGUGUUUGCCGAAGUGCAAACUAGAUGUUUCAGUGGGCUUUUUCUAAUUUUGCUCAUUCUUUUCGGUAUGCCCCUUUUUACGUAAAGAGCCUUGAAGAGCUUUGAUUUUUUUUCUUUUUUAAUCUACAUAGUUAAUUUACAGUAGGCUGGACUUUGACCCUUUAAGUUUUUUGUUUCUAGAAACAUGUAUUUUGCGUAAUAGCUUGGAAAACCUGUUUUUUUUUUUUUUAAUUUUGUGGUUUUUCAAACUGUUGAAAUGAUUUCUAAAGAUUGCUUUCUAAAAAUGGACCUAGUAUUGCGAAUGGAAGGGUAAAGUCGUUACUGUAAAGUUUACCUUCUUAAAGGCGCUAGAGUUUCCAUAGCAUUUUCUGCCAAAACUGAUUUAGGUUCGUAUGAAUGUGGUGAGCAGUCACACCAGGCCCACCCAGCAGUAAAUGGUGCAUACUGUUUUAGAGUCACUGGAAACUAUUGGAGGUAGACUUAACGGUUAUCUCAGGCUGUGGAGGGAGAAAGUUUCAGCUUGUACAGACAGAAUGACUGCCCUCCAAGAGGUGAAGUAUUACAGACAUCUUGCACCUGAUCACUUGCUGCAAAUCUGUCAUCGACUAGGGCCUCUUCUUGAGCAAGAAAUUCCUCAAAGUGUCCCUGGAGUACAAACUUUAUUAGGAGCUGGAAGACAGUCCUUGCUACGCACAAAUAAAAGCUGUAAGCAUGUGGUGUGGAAAGGAUCUGCUCUGGCUGCACUGCACUGUGGCAGACCCCCCGAGUCUCCAGUUAACUACGGUAGCCCACCCAGCAUUGCGGAUACUCUGUUUUCAAGGAAGCUGAAUGGGAAAUACAGACUUGAGCGGCUUGUUCCAACUGCAGUAUAUCAGCAUAUGAAGAUGCAUAAACGAAUUCUUGGACACUUAUCAUCGGUGUAUUGUGUAACUUUUGAUCGAACUGGCAGACGGAUAUUUACUGGUUCUGAUGACUGUCUUGUGAAAAUCUGGGCCACAGAUGAUGGGAGAUUGUUAGCUACUUUAAGAGGACAUGCUGCUGAAAUAUCAGACAUGGCUGUAAACUACGAGAACACUAUGAUAGCAGCUGGAAGUUGUGAUAAAAUGAUCCGUGUCUGGUGUCUUCGUACUUGUGCACCUUUGGCUGUUCUUCAGGGACACAGUGCAUCUAUUACAUCACUACAGUUCUCGCCAUUGUGCUGUGGCUCAAAGAGAUACCUGUCUUCUACUGGGGCAGAUGGCACUAUUUGUUUUUGGCUGUGGGAUGCUGGAACCCUUAAAAUAAAUCCAAGACCUACAAAAUUUGCAGAGCGCCCUCGGCCUGGAGUUCAAAUGAUCUGUUCUUCAUUUAGUGCUGGUGGAAUGUUUUUGGCUACAGGAAGCACAGACCAUAUCAUUAGAGUUUAUUUUUUUGGAUCAGGUCAGCCAGAGAAAAUAUCAGAAUUGGAGUUUCAUACUGACAAAGUUGACAGUAUUCAGUUUUCGAACACUAGUAACAGAUUUGUAAGUGGUAGUCGUGAUGGAACUGCACGCAUUUGGCAGUUUAAACGAAGAGAAUGGAAGAGCAUUUUGUUGGAUAUGGCAACUCGGCCAGCAGGCCAAAAUCUUCAAGGAACAGAAGACAAAAUCACAAAAAUGAAAGUAACUAUGGUAGCUUGGGAUCGACAUGACAACACAGUUAUAACUGCAGUUAAUAACAUGACUCUCAAAGUUUGGAAUUCUUACACUGGUCAACUUGUUCAUGUCCUAAUGGGUCAUGAAGAUGAGGUAUUUGUUCUUGAGCCACACCCAUUCGAUCCUAGAGUUCUCUUUUCUGCUGGUCAUGAUGGAAACGUGAUAGUGUGGGAUCUAGCAAGAGGAGUCAAAAUUCGAUCUUAUUUCAAUAUGAUUGAAGGCCAAGGACAUGGUGCAGUGUUUGACUGCAAAUGCUCUCCUGAUGGUCAGCAUUUUGCAUGUACAGACUCCCAUGGACAUCUUUUAAUUUUUGGUUUUGGGUCCAGUAGCAAGUAUGACAAGAUAGCAGAUCAGAUGUUUUUCCAUAGUGAUUAUCGACCUCUUAUCCGUGAUGCCAAUAAUUUUGUACUAGAUGAACAGACUCAGCAAGCACCUCAUCUCAUGCCUCCCCCUUUUUUGGUUGACGUUGAUGGAAAUCCUCAUCCAUCAAGAUACCAGAGAUUAGUUCCUGGUCGUGAAAAUUGCCGGGAGGAGCAGCUCAUCCCUCAAAUGGGAGUAACUUCCUCAGGAUUAAAUCAAGUUUUAAGCCAACAAGCAAACCAGGAAAUCAGUCCCCUGGACAGCAUGAUUCAAAGACUGCAACAAGAGCAGGAUCUGAGACGUUCCGGUGAAGCAGGUAUCAGUAAUGCCAUCCGUUUAAGUAGAGGUUCUGUUAGUUCCACCUCCGAGGUUCAUUCCCCACCAAACAUAGGAUUGAGGCGUAGUGGGCAGAUUGAAGGUGUACGGCAAAUGCACAGCAACGCUCCAAGAAGUGAAAUAGCCACAGAACGAGAUCUUGUUGCUUGGAGUCGAAGGGUGGUGGUACCUGAACUGUCAGCUGGUGUAGCCAGUCGACAAGAAGAAUGGAGAACUGCAAAGGGAGAAGAAGAAGUAAAGACUUACAGGUCAGAGGAGAAAAGGAAGCACUUAACUGUUGCAAAAGAGAAUAAAAUCCUUACCAUCUCAAAGAAUCAUGCUCAUGAACAUUUUCUGGAUCUUGGGGAUUCCAAAAAGCAGCAGGCAAAUCAACACAAUUAUCGUACAAGAUCUGCACUGGAAGAAACUCCUAGGUCCUUGGAGGAGAUAGAAAAUGGCACUAGUUCUUCAGAUGAAGGUGAAGUAGCUGCUGUCAGUGGUGGAACAUCUGAAGAAGAAGAGAGAGCAUGGCACAGUGAUGGCAGUUCUAGUGACUACUCCAGUGAUUAUUCUGACUGGACAGCAGAUGCUGGAAUUAAUUUGCAGCCACCAAAGAAAGUUCCUAAGCAUAAAACCAAGAAAGCAGAAAGCAGUUCAGAUGACGAAGAAGAAUCUGAAAAUCAGAAGCAAAAACAUAUUAAAAAGGAAAGAAAAAAAGCAAAUGAAGAAAAAGAUGGACCAGCAUCACCAAAGAAAAAAAAGCCCAAAGAAAGAAAACAAAAGAGGUUGGCUGUAGGAGAACUGACUGAAAAUGGUUUGACAUUAGAAGAAUGGUUGCCUUCCGCAUGGAUCACAGAUACAAUUCCCCGAAGAUGCCCAUUUGUGCCACAGAUGGGUGAUGAGGUUUAUUAUUUCCGACAAGGACAUGAAGCAUAUAUUGAAAUGGCCAGGAAAAAUAAAAUUUAUAGUAUCAAUCCCAAAAAACAGCCAUGGCAUAAAAUGGAACUACGGGAACAAGAACUGAUGAAGAUAGUUGGCAUAAAGUAUGAAGUGGGAUUGCCUACCCUUUGCUGCCUUAAACUUGCUUUUUUAGACCCUGAUACUGGUAAACUGACCGGUGGAUCAUUUACUAUGAAAUACCAUGAUAUGCCUGAUGUUAUAGAUUUCCUAGUCUUGAGACAACAAUUUGAUGACGCAAAAUAUAGGCGGUGGAACAUAGGAGACCGCUUCAGAUCAGUCAUAGAUGAUGCCUGGUGGUUUGGAACAAUUGAAAGCCAGGAACCCCUUCAACCUGAGUACCCUGAUAGUUUGUUUCAGUGCUAUAAUGUCUGCUGGGACAAUGGAGAUACAGAAAAGAUGAGUCCUUGGGAUAUGGAGCUUAUACCUAAUAAUGCUGUAUUUCCGGAAGAACUAGGUACCAGUGUUCCUUUAACUGAUGUUGAAUGUAGGUCAUUAAUCUAUAAACCUCUUGAUGGAGAAUGGGGUACCAAUCCCAGGGAUGAAGAAUGUGAAAGAAUUGUUGGAGGAAUAAACCAGUUGAUGACACUAGAUAUUGCUUCAGCAUUUGUGGCCCCUGUGGAUCUGCAAGCUUAUCCCAUGUAUUGCACAGUGGUGGCAUAUCCAACGGAUCUAAGUACAAUUAAACAAAGACUGGAAAACAGGUUCUACAGGCGAGUUUCAUCCCUCAUGUGGGAAGUUCGGUAUAUAGAACAUAAUACACGAACGUUUAAUGAACCAGGAAGUCCAAUUGUGAAAUCUGCUAAAUUUGUGACUGAUCUUCUUCUGCAUUUUAUAAAGGAUCAGACUUGUUAUAACAUAAUUCCACUUUACAAUUCAAUGAAGAAGAAAGUUUUGUCUGACUCUGAGGAAGAAGAUAAAGAUGCAGAUGUACCUGGAACGUCUACCCGAAAAAGAAAGGAUCAUCAACCUAGAAGAAAGCUACGUAAUAGAGCUCAGUCUUACGACAUUCAAGCAUGGAAGAAACAGUGUCAAGAGCUGUUAAAUCUCAUAUUUCAGUGUGAAGAUUCAGAGCCUUUCCGCCAGCCAGUAGAUCUCCUUGAAUAUCCAGACUACAGAGACAUCAUUGACACACCAAUGGACUUCGCCACUGUCAGAGAAACUUUAGAGGCUGGGAAUUAUGAGUCACCGAUGGAGUUAUGUAAAGAUGUCAGGCUCAUUUUUAGUAAUUCUAAAGCAUAUACACCAAGCAAAAGAUCAAGGAUUUACAGCAUGAGUUUACGCCUGUCUGCUUUCUUUGAAGAACACAUUAGUUCAGUUUUAUCAGAUUAUAAGUCUGCUCUUCGUUUUCAUAAAAGAAAUACCAUAACCAAAAGGAGGAAGAAAAGGAACAGAAGCAGCUCCAUUUCCAGCAGUGCUGCAUCAAGCCCUGAAAGGAAAAAAAGGAUCUUAAAACCCCAGAUAAAGUCUGAAGUCUCUACCUCUUCAUUCUCUGUACCUACACGGUCUGUACUACCAAGGCAUAAUGUUGCCCAGAUAAAUGGUAAAACAGAAUCCACUUCUGUGGUUCGAACCAGAAGCAACCGCGUGAUUGUAGAUCCAGUUAUUACUGAGCAGCCAUCGACAUCAUCAGCCACAAAAGCUUUUAUUUCAAAAACUAAUACUAAUACGUCAGCCAUGCCAGGAAAAACAAUACUAGAGAAUUCUGUGAAACAUUCCAAAGCCUUGAAUAUGCUUUCAAACCCUGGUCAGUCCACAUUUAGUCAUGGUACUAGAAAUAGUUCUGCAAAAGAAAACAUGGAAAAGGAAAAACCAGUCAAACGUAAGAUGAAAUCAUCUGUACUCUCAAAGGCAUCUACACUUCCAAAGUCAUCAGCUGUUAUUAAUCAAGGAGAUUGUAAGAACAAUGUUCUUAUACCAGAAACCAUUCAAGUAAAUGGCCAUGGAGGACAGCCAUCAAAACUUGUGAAGAGGGGUCCUGGAAGGAAACCUAAGGUAGAAGUUAAUACCAAUAGUGGUGAAGUUAUACACAAGAAAAGAGGUAGAAAGCCCAAAAAGCUACAAUGUGCAAAGCAAGAAAAUUCAGAGCAAAAUAACAUGCAUCCCCUCAGAGCUGAUGUGGUUCCGUCUUCAACAUGCAACUUUCUUUCUGAAACUAAUAUUGUUAAGGAGGAUUUGUUACAGAAAAAGAGUCGUGGAGGCAGAAAACCCAAAAGGAAGAUGAAAACACAAAAACUGGAUUCAGAUCUCAUAGUUCCUACAGAUGUUAAAGUGUUAAGGAGAAGUAACCGGAAAAAAACAGAUGACCCUAUAGAUGAAGAAGAAGAAUUUGAAGAGCUCAAAGGCUCUGAACCUCAUAUGAGAACUAGAAACCAAGGUCGAAGGACAGCUUUCUACAAUGAGGAUGACUCUGAAGAAGAACAAAGGCAGCUGUUGUUCGAAGACACCUCUUUGACUUUUGGAACUUCUAGUAGAGGACGAGUCCGGAAGUUGACUGAAAAAGCAAAAGCUAAUUUAAUUGGUUGGUAACUUGAACCAAAAAGGAUGUCUAAAAGCAGGUACAGUUAAGGAGUUAGUAGAGCACGGCUUCUGCUUCCCUUGCUGCUAUAACGGAUUAGGGAAUGUUAACAAUUUGACUUGCAAAAAAGAAAAAAAAAAUGUAGAAGAUACUUCAUUUCUUUGAAUGAAAAAAAUAUAUAUACAUAUAUAUAUUUUAAAUGUUUGCUAUUUAUUCCCCUUAGGUAGAUUAUGCAUUUCCACAUUUAUUUCAUUCACUAUUUGAAAUUGAGGACCUGUAAGUCCUGAUUUGUGGAAGAAACAAUUCUGCUACACUCUGAAGCAUGGUUUUCCUAAUGAAAAAUCGUUUUGUGUUAAAAUGAGUUACUUUUGACCAAGUAGGUACUUUUUAUUGACACAGAAGUCAUGCCCUUAAGAAGACAUGUUACAGAGUAGCAGCCAAUUGAGAAAUGUUUCCUCUAAAGAAAAUUUUAAAGUUCCCACCAUUUGAUAAUCCUGAAAAGUGUUAAUUUAGUUAUAGAAUGUUCGUCUACAGAAUAUUUAGAGGAAGCUUUUGUUUUACUCCAUGUCUGCCAAAUUUAGGAGAAAAUGUAUUGAUGAAAAGGAGACAUAUCCACAUUGGAAAACAUUUGACUGUCUAAUUUUUCAGACCUUGAUUCUUACAUAAGUCACCCAGUCUCUGUUUAUUGUGCCAAAGACUGAGAAUCAGUGCAGUGGAAAGCCUGUUUUUGAUUGUUGGGACAGCAUACACUUUUCAGUAUCAGAAAAGCUAUAUAUUCUAAAGAACAAGUUAUUACAGAGCUAUGCUGAGAUGUAUCUUUUUUUUUUUUUUGGUACUUUGGAAAUAAUGCACUGGUGGGGUCCUUUUGACAGAGAUAUCUUAGAGAAAAAUGUUUUAAGUGGUUAAGGAUUCAAGGAGACUACAGGAAAAAAGUAUGGGAUUUGAUAUGUGCUUGAUCUGGAUUAAUGUCAUUUCUAAACUUUAGACAUAUCUGAUAAGCUAAGAUGACUUACAAAGAAACAUGUCUGUGUGUGUAUAUAUUGAUAAAUGGGUAUAAUUGAAUAUAUAUACAAACACAUACUUACUAUUACCCAGGUAUAAAUUCUUUUUUCAGGAUUUUUUAGAUAGUGGUAGAAUAAAAAUAAUUUUAAAAUGUCAUACUUUAUAGUUUAAUUUUAAGGGAGAGAUUAGUUAUUUUCAAUUAUUAAAGGUUAAAAUAGGCCAAAUCACUUUUUAUGCAAUCAUGUUUUAUACAGUGGUCUCAUUGCACAUUGUGUUUUUCUGCACUUUUUACGGUAUCCUUAUCAUGCUGGUAUGUCAAUAUACACCCUAAAGAAAAGCUCCCAUUUAAUGAUUGUGCCUUGUAUUCUAUUAUUUUUUGCAUCAUUAGUAAAAUUAAGUUGUCUAUUGUAAAUGAUAACUAUAUGACUUAGGAGAAUGUAUUACUAUAUGUACUGCUAUGGAAAAGGAAAGCAGUUAUUUAUUUGUUUAUGGUACAUUAGUUAUUUUAUACCUUGAAAACCAACAUAAAUGGCAUUUCUAUUGUUUAAAAUUACUCAUUUUUUUUUUUAAAGUUUAAAGAAUGUAGUAUUUUCUGAGGACUGAUAUGGUACAAAAAUGUAACCAACAUUUUCAGAUACUACAUUUUUAAAAAGAAAAGAUGGGAAAAUAUAUAUCGGCAUGAACCCUGAUAGAGAAAAAGAAAAUCCAGAAAUAAAACUCCAUUAUAUAUUUAUUUCCUUGUUUCUGAUAAGGAUAAACGUUAACUGUCAUUUAACUGUCUUGAAGAAGAAUGAAAAGUGAUGCAUUUGAACUUUUUAGAUUGUUUGUAGCUAAAUUUGUACAGAAAUCCUGUGACAUUCAGUAAACCAUUUCCAGAUCUUAACUGGAUUGCUGUGAUUUUACAGUUGAAAAAUAAUUUCAAAUUUUUCAGGUUUUUUGUACAUUUAUUUUUUUCUAACAAAUAUAUUGAACUAUAUAAUUAAAAUUCAGUAAUUAACUUCAUAAUGCAGAAAUGGAUGACUUGGUUGUAUAGAAAUAUGAGUCAAUUCCACCAUUAUUGAAAAUGAUAGUAUGCUGAAAUUUAAGUCAUUAAUUAGUUGCUUUUGAAGGCGAUCUAUUUGAAAUACAUAAUUUCCUGGUGUUAUCUGCAUUGUGUUAGGAAAAUAAGACUAAAAUCCAUUUUUAUAAAACAUGUAUAGUUUUAAAGUGUGUUUAGAAAAACGAAGCAUGGACAGUCUUGGUGUAGAAUACCUCUAGAAUGGUGCACAGAUAGUUCCAACUCUUGAGCAGUGAAUAAGUAUUUCCCAUCUUUCCUAUAAAUGAUGAAAUAUGUUAUUUCUCUUGUAAGACACUGUAUAUUUUUGACCAUAUUUGGGCAUUUUCAGACACUGGUUUCUUAGUAAAGCAAAAUUACUUGGAUCGGAUUAUUUGUAACUGAAACACUUAAAAAUUUAUUAAUACCAGGUGUAGAUUUUAUAUUUUUAUAAUUUAGUUGCAAAAGUUGAAUUAAGAAAUUUAAUUCAUCGUAUUUUGGGUUUGUUGUUGCCACUUGGAAAGAACUCUUCUUCGAGACAGUGACAUUAUAUAUGUACUUUUUAUAGGCCAGAAGGAAUUGUUGGCACUUAGGCAACCGAUAAGAAAAAUCUCAAGUUUACUGAAGGAUUCAAAAAGAAAAUUGGUUACAUGCAUAGAAUAUAGAAAUCAGUUUUCAAGUUGUGCAUGGUGGUACAUACCCCAGCCUUUGGGAGACAGAAGCAGGCUUUAGUUGCAAAACAGAUCUAAGACUAGGGAUUACAUAAGACCCUGUCUCAAAAAGCAACAGCAACAACAUCAAAAAAGAAAUCAAUAUGUAUUUCUAAUACUCAGCCAUAAUAUUCUCUUACUCUGUCCAACAUCUCAAGCCCCAGGUUAAUAGAAAAUAUAAAGUUGCUGAGUAACUCAUAAAGGGUCAGCUAACCACAGCCUAUCAGCCUGUGGAAGUAGCUGUUUAGCUUCUUAACACUUCCCUUGCCCUCUUCUCUAGAGCAGUCUUUCCUUUUCUAGUCUCUUCUGUGUAUAAAGAUGAACUGAAAAUUUAUUGGUCUUCUUUUCAUUGUCUUUAUUGUACAGCUUCACUGUGAUUUUAAAGACAGGUCGAUAACUACAAAACUGUCUUAACUGUAAUUAGAAUUAAAAUAACUAUGGAGUAUUUGUGAGUUUGAUUAGGCUACAUCUGAAAUAUGAGACUAACUGAAUUUAGUUUCACUUGGAGAUGAAUUUUAAAAGAACAGAAACAAACAUCCUCAUGCCACAUGUUGAAACAACCAGCCUUAGCUAGAGUUGAGAUUAACCAAAUAAUAUUUUUACCCUUUGUGAUGUUAGCAAUAUUUACAUGUUAUAAAAUACUAUUUUUAAUAUAUAAAUCGGUUUCAGUUAACAGUGUUUAAUUUUGACAUUCCAUUUACAUGGGUAGGUGUCCAUACAUGUCCCAUAAAUGUAAACUGAAAACUUUGAUUUUCAGUUUCCUCUCUAAAGAAAACAAAUUCAUUUUUAAUGUUCUGUUCACCUGAAAUUUGUUUUUGAAUAGGUUGAAAAGGACCAAGAUAUUAUUGAGUGAAAAGAAAUGUUCAUCUUAUAUGCAGGGAGUGUAGUAUUUUAAAACUUGUAUAGUACAAUAGGAAGACUGCUUUUGUCGUCAAUGCAUUACUCCCAGUUUACCUAGAAGAUAUUUCUAACAAUAAUAGAUUGAUUAGAUGAGAAUUUAUCUUCAUAUUAAAAUUGGAAAAAAUGCACCUUUUGUUUCUAUCAUUACACUUCCCCUUAACGCCCCUCAUUUCCAAGUGACUUGAACUAAAAUUAAUAAUGCAUUACUAAGAAACUAUCUUACUCUUAAUUUAAUCAUACUUAUCAAAGUGCUCUAAGUGGAAAGUCAUUUUGAACUAUGUUCAGUACCCAGAAGGAGGUCAGAUCGAGUCAGAAGACUGUAAGUACCACUUUGAGCACUCUGGAGAUGACCUGUGUACACACUACAGUGAGUAGAAUGUCUGAGCUAUAAAUACAUAUAUAUACACAUGUGUAUGUACAUAUAUAUAUGUAUAUAUAUUAUUUCAAUAGCUCUGUUUUGAAAUACUUUUUGUAAUGCAGAUAAAAUUAUCAGGAAAUUAAAUAUAUGGCACAAACCAAAUACAUAGUAGUAUAUGGAUGAGUUUCUACAUUCAAGGAACUAAGAAUAGGUUUGAGAUUGUAUUAUAGUACACGCACUUAUGAAGCAGGUGCACACAUGCGGCUGGCUUUUAAAGAUGUGCGUGUUGAUUUGUCACAAGGAUAGACUGAAAAAUAAGACACCAUGUUACAUUUUUGGACCAUAUUGAAAAUGCAAGAAGACAGGUCUUAUAAAGUCUAAGAAAACUAUUAAAUCCUGUUCUGGGAUAUUUAGACAUGUGUAGAACAUAGCUCACUUUUUAAAAAGUAACUAACCUAGAGGGUUAAAGUCGAAACUGACACAUUUCAAAUUAAAAUUAUGUUUAUUUUGUACAGAAAGCAAUGUUAAACACAAGCAAAUCUGUUGUAUGUAAUAAGUAACACAGAGUUUUAAAAGUUAUUUAGCUUUAUUGAUGUUUUUGUUUGAUCCCUACUAGACCUGGAGUAUCAUGUUAUAAACAGCAGUCUCUCGCCACGAUAGCAGUGCCCUUUCUUUUUGUACAUAUUGAUUGGACCUUUCUUUACUGUUACGUGGACACUUUCUAUGUUAGUUUUGAUGCAUAAUUCUUUGAAUCCUUUUAUACAAACUAGAAUGUAUGUGUAAGAAUUCCUGUCCCUGCAAUGUAGUAACUAUAAACUUAUUUUUAAAUAAAUAGAAAACUUGUUUUUCUAAGCUA